CGGAAAAAGGAAGUUAGCAAGCCAUUGUUGAGCAGAACGCCUGAGCGAUGUCUGUUUAUAAAGCUGAUGUCGGUGCAUUCAUUGCUGUUUGUCUUUCAUCCUCGACACAUUUAUAAGCUUAACGAAAGCCCACAAAGUAAGAACACCUCCGUGUCAAGUAGCUUAGCUUAGUUUAUGUGACAACAGAGCUAGGCUGCUGCCUGUUAGCAUCACACGGCUAGCAGACAGCUAACGUGAUUUUUAAUUGUGUGAAAAUGUGCAAAAUCCAAAAGCUGAAAACGUUGGUGAGGCAGCGACUAAAUGCUGCAGUGGAAGAGAUAUUAGUUGUAUUUGAAAGAACCAUAGAAGAGUACGACGAGGAACUUUCCCGAACCAAAGAGGAGAACGAGCGACAACGCAAACUGCUGGACAAUGUUCUCAAAAGCCAAGAACACGGCUCACGUGACGAAGUGGGGGACAUCCAGCAGGUGUCGGUGGAGAAGCCCCCCCACAUUAAAGAAGAAGAGGAGGAAGUGCGGGAGGCUGAUGUCACCAAGUUCGCAUUGACUGGGGUAUCUGUGAAGAAUGAAGAGGAGGAAGCUCAGUCCUCACAGCUUCAGGGCAACAGAGGGGUGGAGCCUCCAACUGGACACGUGACAGCAGAAGCUGGAGGAUCACAAACACAUGACAGUCUCGCCACUAAAGAACCCUUGGAGAGUAACAAGGACUCUAAAGGCGAUGCGAACAAACAGGUGAAGUGCUGUGAAUGUGGGAAAACAUUCAGUCAUAAGGGUCAUUUGACAGUACACAUGAGAACGCACACCGGAGAGAAACCUUUCUCAUGCUCCGUUUGCACCAAAAAAUUUAGCAGGAAGUCAGACAUGAAGUUACACAUGGCGACACACACCAGCGAGCAUCCCUUUAAAUGUUCCAUCUGCGCUAAAAGCUUCCCGGUCCAGAAAUAUUUGAGCAUACACGCGAGACGACACGUUGCAGAGAAACCUUCAGCUUCCUCGCUUUGUGCUAAAAUAUUUGCCACAAAAGCAGAGAUGGAAAGCUACAUGACAACAGAAGCAGACAGAGGCUCGCAGGGCGGCGGCAACUUGGCCCCGCUGUCAGACGUGGACGACAUCGUGUCACGCUCUUCUGAGACGGACCACAGCGACAAAGAACCUCCAAAGGACUCUGAAGGCGAGACGGGCCGCAAACGCUUUACGUGCUCCCAGUGUGGGAAGACAUUUGUCCGCAAGGGCGGUUUGACUCGUCACCUGAGGACACACACUGGGGAGAAACCUUUCAGCUGUUCCGUUUGCGCCAAAAGAUUUCCUACCAGGUCAAACAUGAAGGUUCACAUGGCAUUACACACCAACGAGAAACCUUUUAAAUGUUUAAUUUGUGCUAAAAGAUUCCCAUUGAGGAUCUAUCUGGUGAAACACAUGAUAAGACACUCCACAGAGAAACCUUUUCAUUGCCCAUUUUGCGCUAAAAGGUUUGCUACAAAAGCAGAAAUGGAAAGACACGUGGCGAUCCACACUGGGGACAGACCCUUUACGUGUUCGGUGUGUUCCAAAGGGUUCUUAAACAAGGGAGACAUGGUCGUCCACAUGAGGAGACACACUGGGGAGAAACCUUUCAACUGCAACUUGUGUGACAAAAGCUUCAUUAGUAAGGGCCUGCUUAAAAGACACAAGUGCACUGGGGACAUCCAGCAGGUGUUGGUGGGAAGCGAAGAUGAGGCUUUCUCUGAGCAGCAGGUGUGGAGCUCCAGUGUGAGGCUGCAGGAGCCACAGCGCCCCCAAAUUAAAGAAGAGGAAGUGUGGGAGCAGCUUGAAGGGCUGGAGGAGGCUGACGUCUCCAAGUUCACAUUGACUGGUGUGCCUGUGAAGAAUGAAGAGGAGGAAGCUCAGUCCUCACGGCUUCAGGACAACAGAGGGGCGGAGCCUCCAACUGGACACGUGACAGCAGAAGCUGGUGGAGGAUCACAAACAACGAGCAACUUUGCUCCACUGUCAGAUGCGGACAACACGCUGUCUCGCUCUCCUGAGACCGAUCCCAGCGACAACGCCAAACACCCUUUGGCAAGCAAGAAGGACUCCAGAGGUGAUAUAGGACAUCACGCUGACAGCGAGCGGGUGGAAUGUUCCGAAUGUGAGAGAACGUUUGUCCACAAAGGGGAUCUGAAAAGACACAUGAGAACGCACACUGGAGAGAAACCCUUUGCUUGCACAGUUUGUUCUAAAAGAUUUGCCAGAAAGUCAGACAUGAAGAUACACGUGGUCACUCACAUGGAAGAGAAACCCUUCAACUGUUCGACUUGUUCCAAAAGAUUCCCUUCGGAGAAAUCCCUGAUGACGCACAUGAGACGACACACCGCAGGGAAACACUUCGCUUGCUCCUUUUGUGCCAAACGAUUCAUUACCAAAACAGAAUUGGAAACCCACAGAAGAACACACACCGGGGAGAAACCAUUUUCUUGUUCAGUGUGCGCUAAGAGGUUCUCUCUAAAGGGAGACAUGGUGAGACACAUGCGAACACACACUGGGGAGAAACGUUUUCCCUGCUCCGUGUGCAUGAAGAACUUCUCCCGGAAGGAGGACAUGAGGAUACACAUGAGAACGCACACCGGAGAGAAACCGUUCAGUUGCAAUGUGUGUGAUAAAAGAUUUGCUUACCGGAAGCAGGUUAAGAAACACAAGUGUAUUGGUGACGCCACCGCAGUAAACCACGCCGCAGGACUGUCUGGCUUUCAGACGACUUCAUCCACAUGAUGGAUGCUUCAUUGUCAGCCACCAUGGAUGAUUAUCCAAUCACGUCAAUGAACAUUUCAUUUCAAGUCCAAACUUUUUCCAGCUAAGGCAGGUUUACACAUGAAAGAUGCCAACAUGCUAAGCUAGCUGAACAAAACAUCCGCAUCUCAGCUUUGUGGUAUAGCUGACAAAGCUAAAUAGUAUUUUAUAUCUUACAUAAUCAACUAAUUUCAUUUUGUACAAUAUGCACUUUGGACACCAGUCAUUGUUCAUAAAAUUCAGCUUAUCUCUGAGUGUGUUUAACUUGUUGUGGAAAGAAAGUAAGAUAAUUAAACAUGUUGCCAUGUGAGUUCUGCUCCAACUUUUCUUCUUUGGGAUUGGUAUAAAGGAAGUUGGAAGUUGUAAAAAGUGCAAGGACAAGGAAGCAUGAAAACACAGGUCUAUUUUUGGCAAAAUAAUCGUCAUUAACAGAUGAUGAUAUUGGAAGUACGAGCACCAACUACAGUGGAGAGACGGAGAAACGCGUUAUGGAUGUUUACACUUUCAUCCCUGACAAACUGGAUGAAAAACAGAUGAAACAGAGUCCUUGCCUCAACCUCGACAAGUGAAUGUGCUUGGUUGCUUUGGGAUACAGGAGAAAAAAAGGCCUCUUCUAGUUUUAGUCUGCACUCAAGCAGCAGCAUUUGGGAGCAGCUGACGGGUCUUCAUGGAGCAGCAAUGAAUCAAGCGUAUUGUCACAUCAAAUUUGCAGUACAUUGAAGUCUGUUGAAUUUUGUUUUUGUUUGUUUGUCGACAGUGGCGGACUAGGACAAAAAUUUGGCCCUGGACCUUGUGGUCAGAAAGGCUCACUACAGUCCACACACAGUACUCGUUAUUGUCAUUACACCUUCAAAUUCACUCAAAUAGCUCAUUGCAUGGUCACUCGAAUAGCAGGCCUUCUUGGCACAAACUCACAUAGCACAAUCGAGUUGUGCAACACUUAAAUAUGACAGGAAAAAAACUGGAAGAAGCAGACACACAAAAGGUGUGUUCUCGUAACUCUCUCACACAAACUUAACUUUCACUUUCUAGAGGGGUGUGGCCUUGUGGAUGUAGAGUCCAGCACUGUAACCAAAUAUAUUGCUCUUAUUUUUCCAUACAAUGCAAACACCUUUUCAAUUGUGUGAUCAUUGACGACCUGUCAGAUAGCAACACAGUCCAAAGAGGAGGGAAGAGAGGCUACAGAGGAGAAAUGGCUUUUACACCACCAUCAUGGUGGCGUAAUCACUUCAGUUAUUAAGGUUGCCUGAUGGGAAACAUGGUGACGUCACUCGUAGGGGGUAUCCUGACUCAACCAACCCAGGCUUUGUGCUCAAGAUACGGCUCAACAAAACCUAAAUUAUCCAGAAGUAACAGAAUUAAACGGUACUUCAACGCUGGUUAUCAACUUACUGGGUCAAGUCCGGUUCUCUGCUUUGUGCUAGUGCGCGUUCACGUAAAAGGGGGCGUUUGAUGUCAUAUUAUUUUACUUUAGCAGGGGUGGGCAAACUACAGCCUGGGGGCCACAUGCGGCCCGCCAAGCAUUUGAAUCUGGCCCGCCAGUUGCUUCCAAAGUAAUUAAACCUUUAACAUACAGUACAAGCUGGCAACAUGACUUGCUAGUAGUCAGAGUUAAUCUGAGACAACCUAUUGAUGGUUGAAGUAGCUUUUCACAUGCAGCGAUCCAGACAACUACCUCACCCACAGUGCCAAGCAAACACAAGUAAAGAAAUUGUGUCACACAACUUAACCUACCCACUGCACUGUCUGGGAAGUAAAAACGGAGGGACAUUCACAUGCUCUUUAACAGUCAAUGUUUUAGCAUUCAUAGUUCAUAUUGUAUAUCACAUCCUUUAUUCAAGAACAUUCCGGGUGUCUUAUUCAGUAAAAAAAAAAACUAUAAAAUGUAAUUUUAUUAUUUGAUAUGGUUUGAUAUUUAAAGCGCUCCUGAAAAAAAGGGACACAAGCACAUAUGUAUAUAACAGAUUGUAUGACACUACAGUAUACUGUAAGUUCAACUGGACUUACAUUAUAAUUAUAUAAUUAUAAGCAGAAAAUAGAGUGCAUGUGUCAAAUAUAUAGUCUGGCCCCCCGGCCAAUUUUGUUAACUCAGUGCGGCCAUGAGUCAAAAAGUUUGCCCACCCCUGGGUUAGAGUCAGUGAUGAGCAUGCAAGUCUACUACUAAAGACUCACUCGCCCUGUACAUACAACACUGAUCCCUUCAUUCACCGCCAUUUUAAAGUCAAAGCAUUCAUUAUACUCAUUAUGUAGAACAAAUAAGUACUAGGUCAACUGCGUUGCAUCAGUGUUCUCGAGGCUUGCUGUACCUCGUGAUGACCACUGGGUGGCAGCGUUGACAUGUUUUGUGGCAACUUUUUCCUUUUUGCUAAAAUAAGGACGUGUUUUCUUGCAGUUGAUUGAUGCCUCACAUUGCUUAUCCCUCCAGCAAAUGUAAUAUAAAAGUAUUCAAGUAUUCAUUGAGUAUUCAACAAGGACUGAUGUGACCAAUUCAUCUGCUAACGUUGGCGUAAUUAAUACAGACCUGA